AUUCGCCCCAUCGCAGUUGAACAGACGACGGACCAGGGCGGCGACGACUUUUCCCCCUGGCGUCUCGUUGCUGUCUCUCAUGCCCGUGCCUUCAUCGCCAGCGCUUUUCUAGUUGUAGUUUUGUAUAAUCGCUUCGCUCUUUUUUGUUUUUUUCUUGUUGGCUUAAUCCCCUUUAAUUUUCCUUGUUUGUUCCAGCAUUGGCAACCCGCCCGACAUCCCCGACGCCCUCCCCUUGCAGCCGACGUAUGAGUUUGCUGGCGCCUGGGAGGAGACAGGUCGAGGUCUAGGUGAAUUUGGUCUGAUCUUGGUGCCAUCAUGCCCGCAGCAGUGGUGGAAGACAGCAGCAGCAACAAUAGCAGUCGCCUGGACCACCUCGAAGCGAGACCGCCGACACCGCCUCACAAAACGACCAUCGAGCCGGAUCCGAGCCUUCCCCAGGCGAAACCGGCAGCCGAGCCCCAUCUUCUUGAUCCGAGACGGACCCUCCACACGCCACCAAGCCAUCCAUCGCCCGCCGUAGGGAGCUCUCGUAGGAAGAGAGUCGAGUUCUCGGCCCAGGCCGAGUACCGGGAGCAUCCAUCCUCAGUCGGCGAGGAUGGGACCCUGCGCCAGCCUACUCCCGUCUCCAUCCGCCAUCCCUCCUCGAGCACCGCACCCCCCGUCAAGUCCAUCCUCAAAGUCAGCGUGCCGUACGGCUCGAACCCCCUCGACCCGACAGACCGCCUAAGCCCCGAUGGCCUCAACCUGCCCGAGAUGUUGGAGUCGACGGUCAAGCAGCUGGCGGGCAGCGACCGCGACGACAAGGUCGAUGCCUACACCAUGCUGGUCCGCGCCUUAAAAGCGUCCAAGAACCUGCCCGACAGGAUAGCGUUGCAAGACAAGAUGCCCCUCUUGGUUCAGUUCGUGCAGAGGGACAUCGCCAGCAAGGGCACCGACAUGUCGCUCACGAACCAUGCCUAUCAGCUGCUGCACGUCUUUCUCUACUUCCCCGCCAUUUCGUCUUUCAUCCCGAACGAUGCCGCCAUGCAGAUCGUCGACCAUUGCAUCAGGACCCUCGGGGACGCCUCUCUGUCAAAGGAGAUGGCAAGGAAUGUGCUACAAGUCAUUGGCAUCCAGACCUUCCCGCCCAAGGUUAUGACCUCUGACCGCGUAGCCAAGAUUGUCAGCGCAAUCCGCAACAUCCCCGAACCCAUCAGGGAUAAGAAGAGCACCUUUAUGCACAUCAUCCAAGUCUACCGAAAGCUGAUCAAGCAAUCCAAGCACCACAUGGCCCAGCACUCGGACUGGCUGUUCGACCUUUUCGAGGCCAUGCUCAGCACCGUCAAGGAGAUCAGAAACAGUGCAAUCUCAUUAGGCAAGGAGGCCGCCUUCACAAUAGGCAGAGAGAAGCUGCUGUCCCGCAAGAUGCUCGAGCUUGCCCAGCUGCCUUCGCCAUCCGAGGAGGGCAAAGUGUUCAUCGAGUACUACGCCGAUAACCUCAGGAAUAUGCUCAAGGACAAACAGAUCUCGCGCUUCGUCCCCCAGAUUUGGAGCGUGACUAUGCUUCUGUUGCCCAACGCCGACGAAUGGAAGCACUUCAACGACUGGCUCCUCAUCAUACAGACGUGCUUUAACCACCCCGACAUCAACACCAAGUUGGAGGCAAAUCGGGCGUGGUCCCGUUUGGUGUACACAUUGAGUGUUGGGACUCGCUCCAUCCCCCCCAAGACUCUUCGGUCGCUUACUCAGCCUUUGCAGGCCAACCAGCUCAGGCGGUUCGGCAACGGAAAGGACAAGGAGGCUGUCGAGGAGCUGCGCAGGGUUAUCGGCGAAACGACCUGCGUGCUGUUCUACUACACCUUCAAGUUUGGUGUAAAUCUGAGCAAUCUCGAUGUCUACUGGGACACCAGCGUCAAGUCGGUGAUGCAGCAACUCACUGAUGGCCAGUCUGUCCCCGACAAGCAGAGAUGUGCCCAAAGCGCGGCUAUUCUUACUGGCCUCUUCGACUGCUCGACUCAACGGGUCUGGCGCGAAGACAGGAUCGCGGACGAAUGCAUGCCAAUAACACCGGCUGAACUGCCAGCGAUAGAGGCAAAGUGGCUGCGUCGGAACCCCGUCAGGGUGUUCGGGGUUGUUGAGCCGAUAAUGAAGCAAAGCUACCACGAACUGAGCAACACCAGGAGUGGGACUCACAAGCUAUGGCACAACUUGAUCUCGUCGAUCGCGUCGGCGGCGUCGAAAGAAAUCAAGGUUUCGCAAGAAACUGCGACUUUCCUGGCCCACACGCUCGGGUUCCUGACACGCGUGUGGGCUGAGGGUGUCGAAGUGAUGAAGGAGACGGAAAACGGCGGCUCGGUCCAGUUCCUCGCGAGCACUCGGGAACUGAUCUUGGUUGUCAUUGACAAGCUGGGCCGCCUCCCUUUCACCGAGAAGGUACUUGCGAUGAACAACGAUAGCACGUUGGUGCCAAUAACGACCCCUUCGAACCGCUCGGGCAAACAUUCCCUUACGGCACGACCGACCAUGUACCACCUGUUCUCCAUCCUGUCAACCCUCCCGCCUGGGGUCCCUGACAACGAGGAACUUGGCGAGUUUUUCAAGUCCAUCUUUACCCCUCUGAUUAGCGAACGGGAUGCCAAGGGCCGCAAGCAGAUGUGUCAGGAGAUGAUGCAGAUGAUCCCCGCCGAUGCGCUGUGUCCAGGCGGCCCAUGGAUCCUCAUUGCUGAGCUUGCUUCCGCGGGCCUGGAGCCAUCUCAGCACAGCAGCGACGUGGUCGGUAGUUCGGGUAGCGACGUGCUUCUUGGCCAGGAGUAUCGCGAUGUCGUCAAGGUCCUCGAACGCGGGCUGAGAUCCACCCCAAAUCUGGGUUGGCAUCACUGGCAGUCUCUGUUGAGCUCACUCGCCAGCCGCGUGCGGAACGUGGCUGGUGAUGCCGGCCUGGCAAUCACGGUCAUUGAGCCUCUGGCCAAGUCCCUUAUUGACACGCUACCCGAAGACGGUUCACUGCCAACCAACUGCAUCGUUGCCUUUGGCGAUCUCAUCUCGGCUGCCACCCAUCCACGAGAUAGGCAGGCCAUCGAGGCCGCCCGUCGGCGGUUGUGGGGCACUGCUGCCUCCGGAGCGAGAUCCGCCUCGAGCGAUCCCUUCGACAACCUCUACCGGGCCUGCAAUACGGUCCUCCAGCGUUUGUACAGCGACGAGAAUGUGGCCCACGCAUCCGCUAUCGCAGUGCUCAAGGAGGUAGAGGCCUUUGUGGGCAGGUGUAACAGCCAGCUUGCACUGCAAACUCUCGGACUCUUGCAGCUUGGCUUGGUGCCCUGGAUUCAGGACGAAGGGACUCGGCUGCAAAGUCGCCAGUUCGCCGAGGUAUCGGAAGUGACCAAAUCACUUUGGGAUAGGGUGUGUGCUGUCGUCUUCGACGUCGAGACGGCGGAGAUGCUCCCGUUGACGAGCAUGGAGCCUUUGCUAUGUGCUGCCUUUGAGAGCAAGCACCGCCAUGUUGUCAACAGUGUAUCGACCAGAUGGAACGAGCUCUUCGAGAAGGCUUCCGACAUUACCUACCCCGAGAAGCUGAAGAUGGUGCUCGUCUCGCUCCAUUCGUUCGCCGACAUCACCCUACCUGGACUCGACGUCUCUGACAGCUCGGCUGGCGGCGCGCAGAUGCCAUCGUUCAUUGACUCCCAGGACGAUAUGGACAUCUUCAACUCGGCAUCAACCAAGUCCAUAUCUCCAGUCAAGACGAACGUCACUCCGGCUAAAAGCGGAAAGGGCGUGAUCCCGUCUGUGAAGGAGCGAAGCACUCCUAGAAAGAGUCCACGCCUCUCGAGCGGCGGUGUCACCAAACCCUCAGUCUCAGCGUCUGCCCACCGCAAGGGCAGAUCUGCCACCAAGCUUCGCCACGACGACUCUCAAGUUCAGUUUGAGGCGAUCGGCUCGUCGCCGUCCGACCGGGCCAGCCUCGAGUCUCAAGUGCUCACCGAGAGGCAACAGGAAGUACGAGACCGGCAAAAGGCUGCUGCGACACUGUUCCCGGGCAUCCGAUCCAGCCCAAGGCGGACAAGUCCGAGACGUCCGAGGCGUUCCAGCCCUAGACGGGCGGCCCUUGAUACCAACGUCAAGCAAUCAUCCCCUCUAAAAGAGGCUCAUCCCAGGUCUCCUAGCCCACCAUCCACUCCCCAAGCCGUCACUCCUGAACGGGGAGAUUCCUUCCAAGACUUCAUAAGCUCGACGCCCACGCCUCGUCGGGGUCAGGCAACGCCCCUGGCUCCCACUUAUGGCGAGGCUACCGAUCUGCCUUCAUCGCCUCCUGAAGCUCGCCGGUACCCCCUCGUGCCCGAAAUAAACACUCGGUCCCGCAAACCUAGCCUGCUAGAUGAUUGGCAGUUCUCCUCUUCGCCCAUCACCGGAUCUCCCGAGCCUGUACGCCGAGUGGCCUCUGCCCUCGAACAGGAUGACGAUGCCAUGGCUGUUGACGAGGAGGGUGGAAGCUUAGUCUUUGAUGAGCCGGUCACGGCUUCCUCAGCUUCUGCGGCCAACGAAAGCCCUGUGGUGAAAAGCGGGGCGGCAGAGAAACCCAAGGUCGGCUCAAUCAUGGCCAACAGGGCAAUUCUUGAGAUUCCGUCAACGCCUCGCCGCAGCCAGCGGAUAAAGGCCGUCCAGGAGACGCCCAAGUCAGACGCCGAGGCCGUUGCGGACGGGCCGACCAGCCCUACGAAGUCGUCUCCGGCUGAGGAGGUCGUCGAAGACACAGUUAUGGAUGACACCUCGUUUGCGGUCAGUGAAGGGGUGGAGGACAGUAUGGUGAGGCUCGUCGUGGAGCUGGAUGGCCAGUCCAGGCCUCCGACAAACUUCAUUGAGGGUACUCCAUCGCCAAUCAAGGGUCGGGAACAGAAGCAAGAUGCCGCCGAUGUCGCCAACACAGAUGCCGGACAGGAAACGGGUGGGCUCUCGAGCGAGGGUGGGAUGAGGAGAUCCAAGAGGGGACGGGGCCGGCCACGACGGUCCUGGUCAAGCUCGACGCUAUCGAGCGCCCCCUCGACGCCCAUAGCCGAGCCAACCGUCGAGUCGCGCGUCUCCACCCCCGCCAGCAGGAGAAAGCGCAAGCGAACCUCCAGGGGAGCUGAUGACGAAGAAGAAAACAUCUUGAUCAAUACCAAGAAGGCGAAGCAGCUGUCCGCGGAGCUUCAGAGCCAGGAGAUACUCGACAGCCAGGUCGACCUGGACGCAAAAGUUCUCGCAGCAGAUGAGGCUCCAAAGCAUGGUGAUGAAGCCGAGAAGCCCGGGGCUGAUGUAAUGCCCGCCGAAGCAGAGGAUCCCGCGCCAGCAAGCGAUAUCAUGGAGGCGACUGGAGUACAACCCGUGCAGCCCGACGAUGGCAAACUCAAGCCAGCCGAAAUCUUGGAGUCUCUUUCCCCACGGAGCACAGAGACAGAUCCCGAGGAGCAGCUUCAGUCGCAGAUCGCGAUGGAGGAGACGGAAUCGCAACGCAGUCAAGAGCGCGCCGGGUCAGUCGUCGCCGAGGCAGCUGCCGCUCCGGCUCUGGAAACGGAACCUAUGGGUCAAGACACAAAAACAACAGACGAAGCCGAGAAGGAGGGCGGCGACGACGAAGAUGACGGACCGGUACACCCGGCGGCGGUCGAGGCGGCCACCGAAACAGCCGCCCAACAGGCAACGGCGAUGCCACAACCGGCGGCGCCCAAGUCCACCUUCCAGACGAUCAUGGACAUGCUUCGGGGAGGUCUUGGGGCGCUGCGGACGGCAAACCUGCCGAGGGACGAGGUGUACGAAAUCGAGGACGUGUGCAUGGAUAUCAAGCGCGAGCUCUACGCAGCCGAGAAGAGGGGACGGGAUAACUAGGGGCUGCCUGUGUAUAAUUUCUUUUUCUCUCUUUUCAAUGUUGCGUUCUCCGCGAUGAGUUUUUUUUUUGUUGGAUCUGGCAUACUCGGCGCAUACCCGGAAACCGGCACAUCAGUAGGGGCUGGGGUCCACGCUUUUCACUUUCCUAUUUCUUGUUUUGACUUGGACGGGUUGGAACGAAGCUCCUGGCUAGCGCGGCCGAAGGUUCGGAGUUGUUUAUAUCAUAGUGUGUGGGGGGAAGCAUUACCAAUAUUACCAAGACAUGAAGGAUGGUGGUUUAAAGGACUGUGGGGGACAUGCCAUUUAUAUCAACCUUUUGGGCAAGGUAUAAAACAAAAAACUUUUCUGCGUGCCUUGCGAGAUGCC